CAAAGUCAAAAGUUUUGGAAAACAUGAGGUGAAAAAAAUGUUUUACAACAUAAAAUAAUGAGUAAAAUCCAUAAUUAGUCCUUUAUAACAGGGGGUUUCCCUAUUUAGUCCUCUAUUAUCAAAUAUUACCCCCGUAGUCCUUAAUUUAAAGGCUAAAAGUAUAAUUUGACAUCAACAAUAUGUUUAGUGACGGGUAAAUUUCACCAAUGGUACCUGAACUUUAGCUAUAAUUUCGAAGUGGUCAAAUGCCGGUUACCAUCCGACGUGGGUGCUGAUAUGGAUGCUGAAUCACUUCCCCUACCUCACUCUCUUUCCUCAUUAACUGCUCUGGUACGAAUCUGACACCAAAGAUUUGAAUCGUCUCUUAGGCGAAAAACCCAACGCGCGAGAAAUUGCAGCGGAAAAGCUCAUCCUCGACGGUGGUUUGCUCAAAAUCUAAAUCUCUUCUUCUCCAGUCCACUGAUUAGGUUUGAAAUUUGGAUUAGACGAAGGGUGAACCUGACAACGCAAGUUGUGAGAGUGAAGGCGAUUUGCAGUAACGCGAAGUUCAGAACAUUUGAGAGAUAUUAAAGCGAUGAGGGAUUCUGAUGAUAGUGAAGCGAGUUCAGAUACCUUCAUUCUCAGUGAAGAGAGCAGCGAAAACAAUUGGGUCAGAGUUAAAGGACUUACUCUGGGAUUGUGCCAGGGCUUCUUAUCCUGCAAGGUUGUUGGGGUGCCUAAAGCUUCUAGAAGAUAAAUGUCCAGAGGCAAGGGAGUGGUUGAAAGCAAGGCCAACCAAGAACUGGUCUAGGGCAGAAUUUAGCACUUUCCCCAAAUGUGACAUGUUAACAAAUAACUUGUCUGAGUCAUUCAACAAGUACAUUUUAGAUGCAAGAGAAAAACCCAUUCUUAUCAUGCUGGAGAUGAUUAGGACUAAACUCAUGAAGAGGUUGGCUACUAAGAAGAAGGUAAUGGACAAUGUGAAUGAUACCUUAUGCCCUAAAAUUAGAGCUAAAGUUGCACAAAAUACUGAACAUGCUCACAUGUUCAUUCCAACCUUUUCUGGAGGGUCUAAGUAUCAAGUUGAAGGUCCCGGUGGGUUACAGUAUGUUGUUGACCUGGCUACACAGACUUGUGGAUGUAGAAGGUGGGAUUUGACGGGCACUCCUUGCUCACAUGCCAUUGCUUGCAUUCUUGAUAACAAUGAGGACCCAGAUCUUUACACAGACAAGCAGUAUUUGGUUUCCAACUACCUACAGCUAUAUAGUCACUACAUCAACCCAGUGAACAUGAUGGAAAUGUGGCCCAACGAUGAAGAUGGAACUCCGAUCAUCCCACCAGCAGACCCACCUAAGAAGAAGGGGAAAAAACAGAGGGCAAGAAGGAAACAACCAGAAGAAGUUGAGGGAGGAAAUGACAGGGAAAAUGUGCAGGCUGGAUCACAAUCUCAACCGCCUACAUCUGGAGCAGGUGACACUGUGAAGUUAAGCAGGAAGGGAACUGUCAAAAUGAAGUGCACUGUAUGUGGGCAAAUUGGGCAUAACAAAAGGUCUCAUGCGCAGAAAGAUACAAUAGCUUCAACACAGCAGGAGAAGGGGCAGAGGCAAAGUUCAAGAAAAACUGGGAAGAAAAAGAGGAAAGCAAGUACCCCAAAUGGACCAAGGAAGAGAAACUCAGCUGCCACUUCUGUUGGCAAUGAAGAUUUAGGAAGCUAGUUUUGUUAACUGCGCCUUUUUCUUGUGUGUGAAUCAUGAAGGUUCUGGCAAUUAUCGGGUAAAGGGGUGGCGAUUUGGGAGUGCAGAGCCGGUUUAUAUGCUACGAAAUAGGUGAGGAGGAAAGAGAGUGAGGUAGGGGAAGUGAUUCAGCAUCCAUAUCAGCACCCACGUCGGAUGGUAACCGGCAUUUGACCUAGAAACGGGCUAAUGGCUCAUUAGUGAAAGGAUUGUGUAAGUUGGGGGAUUUUUGUGAAAGGAUUUGAAGUUCAGGUACUACUUCGAAAUUAUAGCUAAAGUUCAGGUACCAUUGGUGAAAUUUACCCGUCUAGUGACGUGUUCU